UUACAAGCCGCCGACUUUAUUUGCAUACCCAAUUUUAUCGGGUUUGCUGGAAUGCAAUGAUCAUAAUUCAUAGGAAAAGAGUUUUGACCGUUUUAGCUUUUGUGAUGGCUAUUUGUGUAUCUUUCCAGCUAGGUCUUAUACGGAGUACUCGUUCCUCCUUUUCUGACAUUGUUCGUGAACAACUAGAUGUCGAAAACCAUGUGAAGCGGAUCCAAUUACGAGGACUGAAAAUGAAUCACACGACAACUUCUACUUCGCAAACUCAUCACAAAUCAUUUCUUAUAACCAGGAGAUCUUGUAUGCAACAUUACGAUCUUCUUAUCAUUAUCUCAUCCGCUCCAGGUAACUUCGAAAGAAGGAAUAACAUUCGUCAGACAUGGGCAUUCGAAAGAUCCGCAAAACCAAGAUGGACGUCAGUUUUUCUGGUCGCUCAAACACGGAAUGAAGCAGUUUCGAACGUGUUGCUCGACGAAGAUGAAGCACUUAAGGACCUUGUGCGAGCUAGCUAUUACGACCACUACUGGAAUCAAACCCGAAAGAUACAAAUGGGCUUCGAGUGGGCAGUAACGUAUUGCAAUUUCUCGUUUCUUUUGAAAUUGGAUGACGACGUUUUCGUGCACGUUCCAAGAGUUCUCUCCUUCUUAAGCGCACCCACCACGCCGAAGAAGAUGCUUUAUGCUGGCUGUCAUUAUGCAAACAUGGGCCCUCAUAGGAAAGGCAAAUGGAUGGUAACUUACGAGGAGUAUAACGAGACAAGAUAUCCAGACUUUUGCCCCGGUUUUGGAUACAUUUUAUCUCACGAUGUUGUACGUGCAUUUGUUGACACUUUCUCUUCUUUGCCGUUCUUCAGACUGGACGAUGUUUACGUUGGUAUGCUGGCGAAUAAGAACGGAAUAAGUAUCACAAACAAUGUGGGCUUUGAAGUAUGGCAUCCACCCCAGUAUGUAUGUGUUCCGACAAAGAAUACUUUAGUCAGGCAUGAUGUAGGGGAAGAGUGCCAAAAGAAAAUGUUUAACUUAACCAUUUUCCCUCAGUAGUUCAGUGGCGUGGUUAGUACAUACGUAUAUUUAGAUAAAUUCUUCAAUGAAUGAUGUUUCCCUAUUCAAUAUCCAUUGUUCAUUUAAGUGCAGCCAUUUAAAGCUAUCUUUGUCUUGAAAGUGCGUUGCUCGAAGAGUCAGAAUCAGGGCAUUGGAUGCUACAACAUUCACCGACAAUCAGGCUGAGUUUCAGAGCAAGUUGUAUGUCUGUCAAAAUAAGCCGCAGAUAUCAAGAAACGACUAUCGCAGUUUAUUAUUUUCUGGAGAAUGUUAUUGAAUUUUAUUGCUUUCUCAUCUUGUAAAAAUUGAUUGCAACUUUAAAAACAUUUAUAUUUCUUUGAAAAUUCGCAAAAAGAAACUGUGAAGAAGCUUGUUGGAUGAAUUUGUAAAGUUUGUACCACAUUGUAUUGAUAUGCUUUAAAAGUGUCUGGGAAUGAGUUGCUCUUAGAGGCUAAAGCUAUCAAAAUGUGAUGUAAGAUCUAGCUCUUACUGACUUGAGAGCAAUCAAAACUUUAUAUUCUUUCAUCCAGACACAUGCAGGGUGAAGAAGCAAGAGACACGGAACAAUUUAUUUCAGAAACAAUUUAGUUCAGAAAUCAACUCUUCUUGCGGGUUUUUUAAGCAAUCUUAAAACAUUGACUCAUACAUGUAACCAAAGAUUACUCAACAGAACUAAUCCGUUUCACUUUAGAACAGAAACUGUCACACGGCUACAGGGGUCAAAUAAUCUCUAGGCUUUCAAUUAAAAUUUUAAUUUUACCUAUUAAAAUAGAGUCCUCAUCAUUAUGCUUAAUAAUCGGCUGACUAAAAACCUGCUUUUGAUGUGAAAAUAUGUUGGUUAUAGUAUUUAUGUUGUUACAUAUUGUCAGUUUAGAAUUAAUAAACUCAUAUUAAUUCAA